UUGCAAUCCCUUUCUCUCUCUCUCUCUUUCGAAUCAAUCAAUCGCACAAAGGACCAAAUUCUCUGAAGAAUCAAGUAGAAAUCCAGUGCAAAAUCAAGUGGGAAUACUAGAAAUGUCGAGCGGAUGCAACAUCAGAGCUCUCUGGAUUCUCAACAAUCAAGACGUUGUAAUUUUCUCGAGGAAGUUUCCGGUGGUGGAGAAGCGGUGGCGCGCGUCUUGUCAGAAGGAAAGCGAUGAUAGUUUCAAAUAUAAUCGGCUGCCUAAUGAUUCGGAGUUGGCUGCUGCUUUCACCGACCGUAAAAAGAGGGAGGGGUCUGCUCGUGGAUUUGGUCUUCGUGUAAGCCAAUCUGUUAAAGGAUCAGAUUCCUGGGUAGAUGAUCCAAUUACUCGUCAUGUAAUUAGCCUGCGCAUUAUUAAUGAAGAGAAAGGAGUGAAUGAUCUCUUGUGGCCAUUGGUCUUACACUUGAAGGGUCCAUAUACCAUCUUUGUAUUGCCUUUAGUGGAACCUCAUCAUCUGAAAUCCUAUUCGAGCAUGUGCCAUAGAUCAGAUUGUGGAAGUGCUAUUGGAGCAGAUGAGAGCAUUUCAUCCCUCCUCCUUGAUCUCCCAUGCAUCACAGGGUCAUUUAUUGUGGCACAUACAAUUGGAGAUGUUAUUGUUGGAGAAGCAAUGGAGCCGGAAGUUUUUGUUGCCGCUUCCCCGUCAGUUGGAGGGUUACUGGAUUCUCUCACAGGAAGUAUAGGAAUUACUGGAAUCUCAGCUCGAGCAAAGCCUGUUGUGGCACCUGUUGCGGCAUCAACAGGGUCUGGCAUGGCUGCUAGUGGAGCUGUAAUGUCUGAUGCUCCAAAAAUGGGUUCAAGGUCCUUGGAAAAGGAUGCACUUCGAACUUUCGUCAACAAUGCAAUGCCAUUUGGAACUCCGCUUGAUAUGAGCUACACAAAUUUUUCUGCCAUCAAAACUACUGGAUUUUCCUCAGCCGAUGUGCCUCCUGCAGAGCGCCGGCAACCAGCAUGGAAGCCUCAUCUCUACAGGGGGAAGCAAAGGAUUUUAUUGACGAUUCAUGACACUGUCCAUGCUGCAAUGUAUGAUCGAGAGGAGAUUCCAGACAGCGUAACAAUUUCUGGUAAGGUCAACUGUAGAGCAGAAUUGGAAGGAUUACCUGACGUUUCUUUCCCAUUGACGGGGUUGGACACCGGCCACAUUGAGUCAUUGUCUUUCCACCCGUGUGCGCAAGUUCCCGAGCAUGGUGGUGAUAGACAAGCUAUUACCUUUUCGCCACCGCUGGGGAGUUUUGUAUUAAUGAGGUAUCAGGCACUUUGUUCUGUUGGACCUCCAGUAAAAGGGUUUUACCAGCUGUCGAUGGUCUCGGAAAAUGAAGGCGCAUUUUUGAUUAAGUUGAGCCUCGUUGAAGGUUAUAAAGUUCCUUUAUCAAUGGAGUUUUGUACACUGACCAUGCCUUUCCCAAGAAGAAGGGUAAUUUCUUUUGAUGGGACACCUUCCAUGGGAACAGUAUCGAAUACUGAUCACUCACUAGAGUGGAAGAUAAUCACAAACGCCCGUACUGUUUCUGGGAAAACUAUUGAAGCAACUUUUCCGGGGACAAUUAAAUUUGCGCCAUGGCAAGCUCCAAAAAGACCUGGUUCUGGAUUAAUGCUCGAAAGUAUGGCUGAUGAAGAUAGUGAUUCAGAAACCGAAUCUUCUGGUAGCAUGGUUAAUGUUGAGGAUUACCUAAUGGAGAAAAUGAAUAAGGAUCUUAAAGCGGUCGAUCUAGACGAGCCUUUUUGCUGGCAGGCAUACAAUUUUGCGAAGGUUUCUUUCAAAAUGAUAGGCCCUUCAUUAUCAGGAAUGUCCAUCGACCCCAAAUCUGUAAGUAUCUUUCCUGCAGUCAGGGCGCCAGUGGAAAUUUCGGCUCAGGUCACUUCCGGGGACUAUAUUUUGUGGAAUACACUCGGAAAAUGCCCUGUUGCCGCCACACCUUAGGGUGUAUAAGAUAUAAAGGGAAUGCUCGUCGCACUUCACUUCUGCCUACAAAGUAGGUACGUUCUUUAAAAAAAGUUUCUCGCAUUGAACGUACAUUUUUUGUGCUGCUAGUGCUGAUACAUCGAUACACAUUACGCUACUAAGAUUAGUUUGAUUAUUUUGAAAUCAACCUGUUGAGUAAUUUACAUGAGUCUAUCUGAUAUAUGCGACUGCGUCGUGAUUUCCUAUUAAUGCUCGGGUUUUCAUUUUUCAACUUAUGCGAUUAACUUAGAAACUCAUAUGCGCGUAGCUUGUUUGGAUAGAAACAAAAAAAGAUUUAAGGCGAAAUAGGAGUAUGUAUAUAUGUAUUUGUAUACAUAUAUAUAUGUAUAUGCGCGUGCGUGUAUACAAAGUAGACAGUCGCAUUCUGUGAUUAGGAGACCGAAGAACUUAAGAACUAUACUAUGUCGUAAAUCCUAGCCCAAAUAUCCCAUCAUAUCCCCUUAUCCCAUGGCACCGAUUAGGCGAUGACAUUGUCUCUACUUUUUCAUCGAAGUUUUAUUCACUUUUAUUCCUCUAGAAUUUCAUUCCCAACCCUCCGAACAACAUCGAUCCAAAUGAUCCCUACUUUUGCUAUCAAAAAAUACCUACGUUGACGUAUGUAUAUGUAUAUCUGUAUCUAUAUCUUGAUCAUAGUAUAUCCUACUUAUCUGAAAAACUCCUUCAUCCCCAUCCCAGCCUAUCGACACCAUGUCCGCUACCAAAAUCCCGACCUGUCAUUCUUCUAGCGCGACUCUAGACGAACGAUAUAGAUCAUAGGGUGCCCAUAGAUAAUCGACCGUACACGGUCUCCUCGAAUCCAACCUCAGCCAUGGCUUCCCCUUUCCGCUCCAAUGUAGGAGGCUGAUCGGGCCCGGGUGGAGACUCCGGCACCUCCCUUCGAGGUUGUCCCCGCCCAAGCCGUGCUGGUUCCACCUGUGAUCGACUUCCUUGAUGUUGCCGGCGAAAACGAGCAGCAUCGGCGGCAACGAACCCAGGUGAUAAAUCCUCUUCUGCUUCUGUACUGCCAUCCAUUCCUCCACCUUCUGUGUGUACCCUCCUUUUCUCCACUCGUCGAUGUCGACGACCAUAACCCCCGUGUUGAAAUAGCACGGCCGACGACCCUCGAACGUUCUGGCCAGGUUGACGUCCGACCAGAACGCGUCGGUGAAGUAGUUGGUGAAGUUGGCGUGGCAGUACUCGGGAGCGGCGAGCACCCUGUCGCCCAAAUCGACCUUCCACAGCUUGGCGAUGUCGUCGACGACGAUGAUGUCGGAGUCCAUGUAGAUGACGCGGCUGACGUCGUGGGGGAGGAUGUCGGACAUGUAGAUUCGGGCGUAGUUGAGGGGCUGGUCGAGGGCCUGCCGGAUCGACUUGGAAAUCUUGUCCUGAACCCGGCUCGGGUCAAAUUCAUACAUCUUGAACGUGAGGUACGGGAACGUCGAUUUGAUCAGCGAGUUCAUCUCCGGGUCAAGAUGGAUGGUGAGGAAAUGGAACGAGACAUUCUCCGGGCACGUCGAGUGCUGCAAGACCGACAGAACCGCGGCCAUCGUGCCGCGGAUGUAGUUGACAUCAAGGGGCAUGACGAUGUGGAUUAUGUCUUCCGGGUCCGACGACGAGCAUGCGUCCCCGUUCCGAAAUGCCGGGGCCUCGUGGAAGGCCGGGAUUGUGUCGACAGCAGCGGCGGCGGUCGGGUUUUGGACGGCGUGGAGGCGGAUGGCGGUGGCGGUGGUGGUGGGGUGGCGGAGGAGGAGGGACAGGAGGCCAAGGAGGGGGAAAAGACAAGACAAGGAACUCCACAAGGCCAUCCUGUCUAAACCUAAGAGGUUAUGUUAAGUUUUUUGUUUUAUUUUUAUUAAAGAAGAGGUUUUUUUUUUUUGGGAGAAAAAAAAGAUGUCAUAUAAUAAGCAAUUAAGAGGUGGGAAGAAAAAAAAAUGGAGUUGAGACAAGGAGGGUGUCUUAAUAUAAGUGAUAUUUUGAAGGAAGAAAAUUUUUUAAGGGUUCCUAGAUUUUAGAGGCACCCCACAAAUUUAGGGCUUAUUUUUUUUUUUUAAAGUCAACAUUUUGUCAAUGGAUAAAGCGAUGGAUACUAAAUUUGGGACGAGUUAUUUUUUUUUAUUUAUUUAUUUUUUUUGUGGUAUGUAGUUGUUAUAUACAUGAUUUAUUAAUAGUAAGAAAAAUGUAUAUUUUUUUUAGAGAUGUCUUUCGACUUGAUAUAUGAUGUAAUAUAUAUUUGAUUAAAAAUAAUAUUUGAAUGUAUUCUGAAUGUUAUAAAACUUAUUUCAUCCAU